AUGCCGCCCCGCCCUGCCGUCUGCGCAAGCCACCCCUGGGUGCCUGCUGGGCCUCUGCUGGGGGGCCAUUCUCCGCCGCACAUCCCUCCUACCACCCUCCCAUCCGGCAUGCGUCACCACCACCCAGACCACAAAAACAGCUCAGCCCCCACACCCCUGCCCCUGCCCCCCGCAGGCGGCGCCCACUGCCCCUUCAAGCCCGACAAAUACUUUGAGGCUUACACCUACGCACGCCUGUCCGCGCGCGACAGGGUGCGCGCGCUGCACUUCCUGUGCACCAUCCGCUGCGACAGGGAGGACAUACAGAGCCACACGCGGGAGUGGAGCAAGGGGGAGGUGGCGCUGGUGCUGCAGGCGCAGGCGGAGGCCGUGCGCGCGGGGAGGUUCCGCAUGUACAAGGAAGUGGUGGUGGCGCCCGGCGGCGCCAGCGGAGGCUCCACCCGCGAGCCGUCUGCGGGCGUGGAGCAGGAGGCACCCGCUGCACCCGCUGCACCCGCUGCACCCGCUGCACCCGCUGCGGCGCCUGUAGCAAAGGCGGAGCCCGCGCCGACACCGGCGGCAGCUGCGGCGGACCCAGCAGGCAGCGGCCCCGCCGCCGCCCCCGCGCCGCCGCCGCCGGCCGUGCCCUCGGCCGCGGUGGCGCAGCUGCAGCAGCUGGCUGCCGGCCUGCUGGGGCAGCCGCAGGGCUGGCAGCAGCUGCAGCAAUGGCACCAGCAGCUGCAGCUGCAGCAGCUGCAGCAGUGGCAGCAACAGCUGCAGCGCAGGGCGCAGCCGGGGGACGACUCCGACGGCGACGGCGGCGCCUGGGCUGAGCGGCAGGCCCGCCUGCGGGCCUACCAGGUGCCUCCAGACCUGGAGCAGCUGGGCAGCUGGGAGCUGGUGGCCACAACGCUGGAGGAGUUCACGGACUAUGCCAACCGCUUUGGCGCGGGGGACAACCCGCGGGAGGCUCAGUUUGCGCUCAUCAUCCGCCAAUACGUCAUCCCCGCCAUCGUGCAGCAGCGGGAGGAGGAGGAGCGGCGGGCCAAGGCGGCCGAGCGGGUGCAGCGCAAGCUGGGCGUUCCGGCGCCGCCGCCGCCCGCCUUUGCCGCCGCCUCGGGCCCCGCCGCGCCCUCGGGCAGCGGCGGCUCGGCCAGCGCGGCCGCAGGCGGCGGCGGCGGCGGCGGCACAGGGCCUGCCGGAGACGGCGGCAGGUCUCGCCGCGCGCGCGCCAAAGUCAACUACGCUUUCAACGACUACGAUGAGCAGCUGCGCAGCGCCAUCCGCCUGACGCAGCGGGGCGAGGAGGAUUCGGACGACGAGGCCGGAGUGCGGCGGCGGCGCAGGGUGAGGGAGCAGCCGCUGCCGGCGCUGCCGCUGCCGCUGCCGUUGCCUGCAGUGAUUGCGGCGCGCGUGCCCUCCCCCUGGGGAGACCCUCUGGAGGCGGCGCGCGGCGGCCUGCGCCGCGGCCGCUCCGCCGCCUCCAUCAAAGAGGACGUGCUGGAGGCAAACCAGUUUCUGGAUGAACGGCAGCUGAGGGCGGCGGCGGCGCACCGCGGCUCCCGCGCCAGCUCCCGUGCGGCUUCCCGUGCGGCUUCCCGCGCGGCUUCCGGCGUCGACCUGGCGUGCAUGGCCGACCCGCACGCUGAGCCACUUGAGGCGGCGUCGGAGCAGCCUGCGCAGGCGGGCGAGGAGGGGCAGGCGCAGGGCGGGGAGGCGCCGCAGGUGCUGGAGCAGAACGGCUGGCCGGGGGAGGCGGACGGCUCGGCAUAUGUUGUGGCGGUACCGCCGCGGGCGGGGCCGCGGCCCGGCGGCGUCCGCAAGAAGGGGGUACAGCAGUACCGGGAGGAGGAGGAGGGGGAGGAUGAGGAGAGCGAGCCGGAUGCGGGGCAGGACGGCAUGUCGGAGGACGAAUACGUGCCGGGGAUGCGCUGA